GAGAGAGAGGGAGAGGGAGUGAGAGUUUAUCAUAAAAGAUAAAAUAUAAAUUCCCCCCUCGCCGUGGGGCCAUGACGUCAGCAAAGGAAGUCAUUGUCGAGCAACACUGAAGCGAUUAGCAACAAAAAGGGAAAGGGAGGGGGGCUGAUGUGGAGGACUCUUUCUCGGUCUCUGUCUGUCUGUAUAUGUCUCUAUAUACGACUCAAGUUUUUCAGCUAAACUUCAAUAUCCACGCAGAAUCAGGGGGGACACGCCGGAGCACGCACAUGGAGGCAGCGCGCGUUACUUCUUUGCUCUUUUUCUAUUUUUCCCGAUCGCAACCAUUUGGACGGCAACAUUGACUAUCCUACUCAUUUGGAUUCUUGUUUUUUGUUUUAUUUGUAUUUGAUUUUUUUUUUUUUUUUUCCUAUUUUUUUUUUUGUUGGAAAUCUUAAUCGGGAGAAGCGAACCUCGCUGCCUAGAAUGAAGACUGUGGCCGCCUCAUUGCUUUCUUAACAUGGAAGGAUCCAGCGGGUCAAAUUUCGGGAUAGACACAAUUUUGUCCAGCAGCGCCUUAAACUCUGGUAACACGGUGCUUAUGAACGCGGGAGACUUCCACUGCAGCGGCGGCGGGGGCAGGACAGUCCCAGGUCAGGAUUUCAGAAACCAGGCCACGCCGUCACCAGCCUGUUCGGACAUAGACUCUGUGGGGGGCACCGAGCCCUCAUCCCCCAUCUCCGUCACCACCGAGCCGGGCGCCGAUCCGCAUGUGGUGCAGGACAACGGCCUUCAGCAUCAGCAGCAGCACCACCACCACCAUCACAACCACCACCAUCACAACAACCACCACCAACAUGCAAACCAACCUCACAUCCAGUUACCGCAGGCGCCGCAACUGUCGCCGCAGCCGCAGCCGCCGCCGUUGGCAGGGGCGAGGACUGCCACCUCUUCUUUUCUAAUCAAAGACAUUCUCGGGGACAGCAAACCGCUGGCCGCCUGCGCACCUUACAGCACCAGCACCCUGAUUUCGUCAUCCUCCACUACCUCCUCUUCCUCAUCUCCGCCGCCUCACCACCACCACCACCACCACCACCAUCGUCCGUCACACACACCUAAACCAGAAAGUGCCACAACGGCUCCGGACAGCUUCAGGCCCAUGAAGCUGGAGCAGGAGGAGAGCAGGAACAAGCUGGACAAGAGGGAGGACAUCCACAGCGACUUGAAAUGUAACGGGACUAAAGAAGAGGGAGACCGGGAGAUCUCCAGCAGCAGAGACAGUCCGCCAGUGCGCUCCAAAAAGCCGCGCAAAGCGCGCACGGCCUUCACUGACCAUCAGCUAAACCAGCUGGAGAGGAGCUUCGAGAGACAGAAGUACCUUAGCGUUCAGGACCGCAUGGACCUGGCCGCGGCUCUCAACCUCACCGACACACAGGUCAAGACCUGGUACCAGAACAGACGGACGAAGUGGAAAAGGCAGACGGCAGUGGGGCUGGAGCUCCUGGCCGAAGCAGGGAACUACUCGGCCUUACAACGGAUGUUCCCGUCGCCCUAUUUCUACCACCCGAGUCUUCUCGGCUCUGUUGACAGCACCACAGCUGCCGCGGCCGCCGCAGCCAUGUAUAGCAGCAUGUACCGAACUCCUUCUACACCGCACCCGAGCCUCCAGAGACCGUUGGUCCCCAGGGUGCUCAUCCACGGGCUAGGGCCCGGGGGGCAACCUGCGUUGAACCCACUCUCUACCCCGAUGCCUGGUACACCGCAUCCGCGAUAAUAGAAAAACAAACAAACAAACGAACAACAACAUUAUAUAUAAAAAAAACAAACUAAAACCAAAACUAAUCAUAACACAGAAAUGAAAACAACAAGAACAGAGAACAAGAGGAAAAGAGGUAUACCACGUGCUGCAACGGAGGCUCCAAAAUCACAGAAGGACUCUUUUCUCCAUCCUCCUUUAAGAAAACAAAACCGAAAAAAAC